AUGGGUUGGUCUGGAGGUGGUCUUGGUAAACAAGGCGAAGGUAUCGUAAAACCGAUCGAGGUCAAACAAAGACCGGAAUGUGCAGGUAUAGCAUUUAGCGAUGUUAAAGAAAAGACGAAACAAGCAAAAGAAGAAGCACGUAGACGUGGUGAACAAUGGGGAGAUCAAAUCAUCGUUGAUGCUACUGGUAAAGAGUAUUCAUCUUUAUCUGCUGCCCUUGCAAAACAUGCUGUCCCGACAAAUGACAGCACACAAUUAAUCGAGAUUCGACAUAAUCUUCGGCUCAUUUGUGAUGGAAAUUCGAAAGCGCUCGACCUGUUAGCAAAUGAAGGGUCAGCUAUUCAAGAUCGUCGUAAGUGGCUCGAGCGUAAAUUGCAUGAAGCCGUACGUCGCAAACAGAAUCUUGUUACCAAGCACGAUCGUGUAGAGACUAUUGCCAAAAUCGUUAGAGAGAUUGAGUUGCUUGGAAAACGUGCCGCGAUUGACCCUAAGAUCGGCCUCGACAGUCUCAUGCAACCAGUGCAGGACAUCCUACAACGCCAUAGAGAUGCCAUCGCCGAGAUGGAAAUUGAUGCAGCGCUUGUUGGAGCAAUUACUCCGAUCUUCAAGCGUGAGCUAUCUCAAUGGUCAUCGCUGCAAGAUCCUACCCGGCUUUGCAUCCCUCUGAAGAGCAUCAGUGGUGCCCUUCGCAUUUCAGUCAAGGAUGAGAUCAUGAUGCCAUAUCAAUCUCUUCUGUGGAAUGUUUGGAUGCCACCGGUGCGAUCUGCAUUAAACAAUGAAUGGGACGUAUUCGGUUCGACUGCAGUAACGAAGUUCUAUGAAUCUUGGACACCCCUCUUACCGGCUUUUAUUCGCGAUAAUGUCACCCAUCAACUCAUUCUGCCUAAAUUGCGCUCUGCUGUUUCUGAUUGGGAUGGCAAGAGUGUUUUAUACAAAGUUGUAUUCCCAUGGAUGCCGCUCUUGCAUCAUCAAAUAGACGAUAUCAUCUUAGAGUCAAAGAGACGAAUUCGUUCAUCACUCAAAUCAUGGAGAGUCUCAGAGGGUAUCCCAUCCGAGUUGCGUAAAUGGAGAGAUGUUUUCCGUACAAGCGAAUGGGAUUCGAUGCUGUUAGAGUAUGUAGUGGAGAAGCUGUCAACGUAUUUAAGAGUGGAGCUCAAGAUCACUGCAAGCCCUCGAGCGCAAGAUAGAUAGCCUUUGAAGGAUGUUCUAUAAUGGAAGCCUUUGCUGGGCAGCAGGACGUUGUCCAAAGUCAUGUUAGCAGGCUUUAUACCUA